AUGAACGCAGCAAACUCCCAUCGAGCAUCCUACUUCGACCUUGGUGGCCUGCCUGGCCCCAAUACCCGACGGCAGUCUGCUACAGUCACAGUUCAGCGAAGACGCACGUUCGUUGCCGUCGACUACGCCGAGUAUAGGGCCAAGUGCGACCUUGUCAGGGACUCAAGAAGCUCAUCAGGCGUCUACGAUAUCAAAUGGGAAAAGGAACAAGAGCAGGACCAACGUGGCUCGUUUGACUUUCGGGAACAGCUGAGGGUCAUGGCCACCGUUUACCCUUAUCGAGACGCAAAUUGGAUCAUCGCGGUCUUUUUCGUCGUUGGUAGUAUUUCCUUUACCAUCAAUGGCUUCUUUGGACUUCUGCCACUCGUAGCGCCUUCGACGGCCUUUCCGACGGAGGCAACCCUUGCAGCCCCCGUAACCAACGCGAUCGGAGCCGCCUUGUUCGUAUCGGCUGGGAUCCUGUCCUUGCCCGCUAUCUGGAAUACUGGGAACGGCACCUUAGAGCCUGUCUCCUCAUCCUCUUCUUCGUAUUCCAAAUUUGAAGGAGACGAGGAGCAGGCCAAGACCUACCAGCCAGCGUUGCUUGGUAGUCCCUCUUGGGUAUGGCUGCCCAGCCGAAGCACGCUUAAGGAUGCGCUGAAGACAACUCCCUUCCAGUCGGGGGCCAUGCAGCUCUUUGCCGGCUCCGUGUUAACGACCAGCGUCGUGUUCGGGUUCCCGGGUGUACUGGCCCCUGACGACCUUUUCGGCCUAUCCGCCUUCGUCUUCACACCUUUGCUGAUAGGGGGAGGAAUAUUCACUAUAUCCAACAUCAUGCUGCUGCUAUUCGUGCAGGAGCGGUGGUACAAGCCUCGUUUCGGGACAGCUGCCUGGCAGGCAUCGCUGUGGAAUGUCAUUGCCUCGACUCUCUUCGCCAUCACUGGUGUUCUGUUUUUGAGUGGAGAUACCCUGGAAGGCUCCGUGGCGUCUUUCAUUGGAAGUUGGGCUUUCUUGAUCGGGAGCGUAAUACAGUGGUACGAUAUGAUGGCAUUCUAUUGCGGUCGAGUUUGA